UAGAAUUCUCCAAAAAAGAGAGGAAGAAGUAUAAUAAUAGCAUCAUUUCUUACCAAAGUUUUAGGUGAUUAGCCCCAACUUCAUAGAUAGUGAUAGAGAAAAAGAUAGAGAGAGAGAGAGGGAGGGAAAGUAUUCAUUCAUUCUCUUUCCCAAUUAACAAAUCUUCAAAACUUUCUUCUCUUCCUUUUCCUUCUUUCUGUAUCUUCUCUCACCCUCCCUCUGUAAUGACUUUGGGAGUUAUAGCUAGAGGGAAAGCGGAGGAAUGAAGAACAGUAUCAGAUGCUGCAUCUCCUGCAUACUUCCAUGUGGGUCUCUCGACGUAAUUCGGAUAGUACACUCGAAUGGCCGUGUCGAAGAGUUCAGCAGGACAAUUCGAGCAGGCGAGAUCAUGAAGGCACACCCAAAGCAUGUGCUGAGGAAACCUUCCUCACCAUCCGAGUCUGCUGAAGGGGUUGUUCCAAAAAUUGUGAUUGUACCGCCUGACGCAGAGCUUCAACGUGGGAAGAUUUAUUUUCUCGUGCCUGCCCCUUCACCACCUGAGAAGACUAAGCCAAGUUCAACAAGGAGGAAGAAGAAGAGAGAACAGCAGAGCAACGGGAGUUCUUCAAUUGCAGUUACCAAGCUUCUCAUUUCUGAGCAGUACUUGACUGAGAUCCUGUCGGAGAAGAUAUCUACACAAAGGGAUCGAAGGCGAGGCCGUGUCGGUGUCUGGAGGCCUCAUUUGGAGAGCAUCUCUGAGACGCCAAGCGACCAAAACUGAUGUCUUUGAGUGUGUGUGAGAGUGUGUAUGCGUCUGUUCUUUUUCUCUGAAGCUAUUUCAAAAAGAUGAGCGAUCUCUCUUUUUUUGUAGAUAAACAUAAAUACAGUCAUUAUUUCCGUUUACUUUUCUUGGUUUGGAUUUUCUGGUGAUCGUUCUGAACAAUUCUGUUGGGAUGUCAGUACCGAAAACUAGCCAUACAUGGGCCUGUUGUUACUGAGUUCAGGUGUUUGGGAGAUUUGUCAUGGUUUGUUUAGUUAUUAGAGACAUCAAUUCAUCACCAA